AUGUCUGACCUCCAACGUAAGACAUCUGAACAAUUCAGUAGAUUCAAGGGUGUUAUACUAAGAAGAUUGAUCUCUAUUUCCAGGUUUCCAAUCAAGAACAAGCAUUAUUUGGAAAUGGGUCCCUUGACCUAUUCUCAUACAUACCAAACGAGUGAUGAUUCCACUGAUGAGAUCAUGAGCAAAGAAGAAUGCUACUCUCCCAGUAGCACUAGUAAUAUAACCCCUGCUGAACAUAUUGAGAUGGUAUUAAUUAAAGUGACGCGAAGAAAGAAAGUUUCAUUCCUAUUCAUAAUUGAUAAAGGCGUGAUUAAGUGGAAGGAUACCAAACAAUUAGAGGUGAACAAGAUAAAGGACGUUAGGACUGGUCAAAUGGCAAUGAAUUAUAGGGAGGAGUACAAUAUACCUGAGUCCUUUGCUAAUAGAUGGAUAACUAUUAUUUAUCAGGAAGCGCAACACAAAUUUAAGGCUCUGCAUUUAAUUGCGCCAACUCCCGAUGAUAUGAGAAUAUUUUAUGUUUCCUUAGUCAUUAUAUUUCGAAAACGAAGACAAUUGAUGGAAAGUAUAUCGAUACCAAGUAAUGAACAGUUUGCGAACAUGCAUUGGCACUUAAAUGUGUCUACAAAAAAAUCGGAUGAGAACAAAGACUCGUUAACUUUUCAAGAUGUGAAAAACCUUUGCAAUAAAUUUCAUAUUUUUUAUUCAACCCCAUACUUGGAAGAGUUAUUUGAAAGGGCAGAUGAAAAUGGAAAUCAUUUGUUAAAUUUCAGAGAGUUCCAGACAUUUGUUCAACUUUUGAAAGAACGCCAUGAGAUACGUGAUAUUUGGAAUAGUAUAGCAAAUAAUACUAAGGUAAUUAACUUUGAAAACUUUUACAAGUUUCUGAUUAACGUCCAAGGUGAAGAAAUAACUAAAAAUGCUGCCCAAAGAUUAUUUGCAAAUUAUUCUGAAGAUGGACUUAUGAACGAAAACAUGCUACUUAAAUAUCUAACAUCUCAAGAUUAUUUGAAAGCAUCUGAUGAAGAUUAUUCUAGACCUCUUUCCCAAUAUUUCAUUUCAUCUUCACAUAAUACUUAUAUCCUGGGAAAUCAAGUAGGAGGAAUGACAAGCGUUGAAGGUUACAUAAAAGUACUACAGCAAGGCUGUAGGUCGGUUGAAAUCGAUAUUUGGGAUAGCGAAGAUGGACCAGUAGUUUGUCAUGGUAGGUUCACCGCCUCUAUUCCUUUGAGAAAUGUUGUUGAAGUAAUACGAAAGUAUGCUUUUUUCUCCUCGCCAUAUCCAUUGAUUAUUUCUUUGGAAAUACAUUGUUGUAGUGAAGGGCAGCUAAUUAUCGAGCAGGUUUUUCAAGAGUUACUUGGCCCUUUACUGUUUAUUACGGACCCACAUUUAACAUUACCAAGUCCUAGGGAGCUUAAACACAAAAUUAUAUUAAAGAGUAAAAAAGUGCUCAAAGUUGACCAACCUAGCCCAUGCAGUUCUGGUCAAUCAACUUCUUCAAAGGGUUCAUCAUGUGAAUCAGAUAUUGAGGCUCCAACUAGCAUAACUUCAGACACUACUAAGAAUAAAAGCAAGCCUAAAAUCAAACUAAAAAAAAAACGUGUACCAGUAUCGGAAUCUCUGUUACGCAUAUCUUCUAUUCAUGGCAUACGGUUCAAGAACUUCUCUCAUCCUGAAUCUAAACCCCCUAUUCAUUGUUUUUCGCUAAAUGAAAGGAAGUUUCGUAGCCUUCGCAAAGGUGAAAAACAACGAUAUUCCAUAGACAAGCACAAUAGGUCUUAUUUGAUGAGAGUUUAUCCACAUCUUUUGAGGUAUAAUUCUUCAAACUUUAAUCCUAUUAAGUGUUGGAAAGCUGGCGUGCAAAUGGUUGCAACCAACUGGCAGACGUACGACCUUGGUCAGCAAAUAAAUGAGGCAAUGUUUAGAAUUUCGAAUGAGAAAGAUCAUCUAUGUCACUCCGGUUAUGUAAGGAAACCUUGGUACCUUCUUGACCCAGUACAAACGGACAUUAAUAUUAAGAAGAUAUUUUCUGCUGUGCUAAAAUCGAAGCUUGAUUUCAGCUUUGAAUUGAUAUCCGCACAGCUAUUAACGAGACCUAAGAAUACCCCAAUAAGCCAUGAUAUUUCGUUUGCACCUUACGUUGUCAUAGAUAUCCUUGGUAAUAGCAUCAUCGAAGCACCAACGGUAACCAAUGGUGUAAUUAAUUCAUGGAAACAAGUUAGUACUCAACAGUGUAAAGAUAAGGGAUGUAAUCCAAUCUGGAGGACAAAAAUUGGUGUUAAACUGCAUUGUACUGGCUUUAAUUUUAUACGUUUUACGGUUAAAAAUGGAGACAUUAACUUGGCAACAUCUUGUAUAAGGUUGGACUAUUUAAAAAUGGGCUAUAGGCAUAUUCCGCUUUACAAUAUGGAAGGAGAAAGGUACAUAUUUUCUACUCUUUUAAUUUGUACCAAGUUCGGAUAG